UAACUUCUACUCCUCCGUGUUCCUGCCGAAAGGAACUCGAGGACACGACAUCCGCUUCCGGUUGGCUCCAGCUGGAAGGUUGACUAUUGAGUGUCCUGAGAGGUCAGAUUGCUGUCAGACAUGGCCCCUGGGCAUGGACACGAACAUGGACAUGGUCAUGGUCAUGGUAAAUUGGUACUUCCAGAUUACAGACAGUGGAAAAUAGAAGGGACACCGUUAGAAGCAGUCCAGAAGAAGCUUGCUGCACGAGGGCUGAGGGAUCCGUGGGCUCGCAAUGAGGCUUGGAGAUACAUGGGUGGCUUUGCAGAGAAUGUCUCCCUCAUGAAGGUGUUACUGAAAGGGUUCAAAUGGGGAUCUGUUGCCUUUGUGGUAGCUUUAGGGGCUGAAUAUUUACUGACUUCCCAGAGUGAUGAUAAGAAACAUCACUGAAGAUGGCACCUGAAAGCGUGGUGACUUCUCUCUCAUAAGAACAAGAUUCCCUCACUCUAUCACCCUUGGCUGUAUGUUUGUCCUGGAAAGAAUGGUUUAAUAAAGUAAGGGAAAACUUUUAUUUUGUAGCUCUUAAAUAAAAUUAGAGAAAAAAUUUAA